AUGGCGGAUCAAUCUAAACCACAAUCUGAAGACGUAUUCAUCGCAACCUACCCCAAAUGUGGAACUACCUGGACCCAGCACAUUCUCUUGUUCGUUUUUCGGCAAGGACAACCUCUAGAAUCGCAAAUGAUGUUUUUCAGUAACGCACCUGUUCUUGAAAUAGCAGGUGGCAAGGUAGCGGAAAGUAUUCCAAGACCUGUAGCUUUCAAAACUCAUUUACCAUUAGGUUUGAAUUCUUGGUCUGAUGAAGCCAAAUACAUUUACAUAACACGAAAUCCCAAAGAUUGCUGCGUCUCCUACUAUCAUCACGUGAAAAGCACUCCGCAUCAUGGUUAUGCUGGGGAUUUUAAUCAGUUUUUUGAAAUUUUCAUCUCUGGAAAGGUUGACUUUGGGGACUACUUUGAUCAUGUGAUGAAAUGGUAUGAACCCAGAAACAACCCGAAUGUCCUUUUCAUGACUUACGAAGAAAUGAAAGAAGAUCCGGAAGCUGCCAUCUUGAAAAUGGCUUGUUCAUUGAUGAAGAGAAAUUCGCCAAGCCUCUGAGACGAUCCCGAAAAAUUGAAGAACGUGCUGGAAUACAGCAGUUUCCAGCACAUGAAAGAAGUGUUCAACAAAAGCAUUGGCGAUCUUUUCAAAAUGUCGGCAGAAGGCAUUGAUAAAUUGGGUCUUCCUGAAGAAGUAAAGAAAGUUUUCGCCAAGAUAAAAGAAAACGCUCCACCAGUGGAUACUCUUCCUCCAAUGAACUUUGUUCGAAAGGGCAUCAUCGGAGACUGGAAGAACUAUUUUACUGAAGAACAGAGUAAGCGUAUGGAUCAAAAAUUUGCUGAAAGAAUGAAGGGCACAGAGUUAGAAACUCUUUGGAAGAAAUACAUGUAAUAUUCUUUUACUUGAAAUUGUAGGCGCUCAGGAAAACUUUU